AUGUAUAUGAGACACCGCGGUUUAAGACAGAAGUUCCCAAUUUAUGGGAGGGGUGUCGAUAAGAGUGCGGUAAACCUGUACAUAAAUCACGAGGGAUGGAACAGUGGGAUGAUUGGCUCAAAUGAUGGUACCUCCACAAUUGACCAGGCAGGCAGGCAGGCAGGCGUAAGGUCUCUCAGUGAUAAAGCCACGACGAUGUUUCCAUUGCAGAAGAUAUCGUCGAGCAUAGUUCAGACCGACAUUAAGUGUAGAAAGCAGGCGGCUGAUCCUCCUCCGAUAGUUGGUCGAGAACUAGAGCUUAGGUUACUCGUACUGGCAACUCUAGUUAAGAAAAUCGCUCGUUGCGUAUAUACACCUCCGUCGGGUAAGGCGAUGAUUGCCGCCGCCAUUGGUGAUGUUUCCACACUUAGUGAGGCGCUUGAGAAACUCCGGUACGAGCCACGAGAUACUGUUCUUCUGGAUAGCAUAGAAGUCCUUGGCAGGUAUAGAGAGAAGUUUCGUCUUGGUAUACGCCAUUUAUACAAAAACGCAAGACUCGUGUUGUCUUCGAAUGAAGGCGUCCUUAAGGCCAGGGUUAUCGACGACGAUUCUGAAUUGGAAGGUGGUGACGUUGAGUUAACGAAGGAGGAUGAAGGCGUAGUCGGAGUUGUGACCAGCACUGGUAACGCGAUAAUUUAUCUCUACAACAUAGAACGAGCGACGCGUGGUUUUAAGAUCGUUGUCUUGAUCUUCGAUGAUAUUAGCAACAAAUACAAUGGCUUGAUUCCAAACCACGUUGUAGCGAGCGAAGUGUUUCAUGCUGCAGCACAUAAGGUAUUGAAAGCGGCGGAUGUUGGGUUGAACGUCAGAGUGCAGACUAUGCAUAAUUCCGCCUGUGAGUGUAUUCCGUCAUCCUCCGUCAAUCGGAGGGCAUACGAUCCCUCUCAGAACGCGUCUACCAUGGUGUUUCCCUACGCUGGACCACCGUCCACUUUUCCGUCUGGUGCAAAUUUGUAAGGUCGGUACAGGGAAUCAGGAG